AUGAGAGACGAUGCUGCUGGAGUCGAGGAGAAGAAUCUCGGCGAGCUCGUCCGCGAAUGCGGGAGGAACCGCGACCUGUGUGGGGGGCGGCGAUUGCAUGCUCGAAUCCGCGGCAGCAGCAUCCAUGCCCAGAGCUUGUACCUCGCCAACCUGCUCGUGGAGAUGUAUGGCAAGUGCCGCAGCCCCCGCGACGCGCGAUCCGUGCACGACUCCAUCCCUUGCCCCAAUUCCUUCUCCGGGAAUCUGAUGAUCCAGGCCUAUGUCGAGAAUGGAGAGGUCGAGGAGGCGCGGCGGAUCUUCGAUGCCAUGGCCGAGCGCAAUGCGGUCACCUGGAAUUCCUUGGCGGCUGCCUAUGCUCGGAGAGGGGAUGUGGCGGAGGCCAAGAAGAUCAAGAAGAGCAUGCCGCAGUGGGAUGUGUACCUUGGAACCACGAUGAUCACGCUCUACACUCGCCACGGCCGGAUCCACGAUGCCAGGGCGAUAUUCGACUCGAUUCCCCAGCAAAACAUCGUGAUCUGGAACGCGAUGGUCGCUGGCUACGCCAGGAGAGGAAAUCUUGACGACGCGCGCGCGAUGUUCUGGCGGAUGCCGCAGCACGACGUCGUCUCCUGGAAUGCGAUGAUCACAGCACACGUCGAGCGCGGGGAGAAUCGCGAGGCCAAGAGGAUCUUCGAUGGAAUGCCCGAGCGCGAUGUGAUCCCCUGGACUGUGAUCGUCGUCGCGAAUGCCGAGAGCGGGGAUGUGGCUAGGGCGCGCAGCGUGUUCUUGAGAAUGCCCCAGCACGAUGUGGUGUCGUGGACGGCCAUGAUUCGUGGUUUCGCGGAAGAGGGGCACGUGGACGAUGCGAUGGCGAUGUUCGAUUCCGCGGCGGAAAGGAGCGUGGUGUCCUGGACGGCCAUGAUCGAAGGCCUGGCGACGGCGGGAGAUUUGAAUCCAGCGGUCGAGAUGUUCUCUCUUAUGCCCAAAUGGGAUUCCAUCGCCUGGAACGCGAUGAUCACAGUCUUCUCCCAGAGCGGUCGCGUCGACGACGCCCAAUCCUUCUUCCACUCGAUGCCCUCUCGCAACAUCGUCUCCUGGAACGCGCUCAUCGCCGCCUACGCCCAAUCUCGCCAGGUCGACGACGCCAUCGCCGCGAUCUCUCGCGCGCCACAGCUCGAUGUGAUCUCCUGGAACGCCAUGAUCACCGUGCACGGGCUCGUCGGAGACGCCGUCGCGGCCAAGGCCGUCUUCGAUUCCAUGCCCCAGUCUCCUGGAACGCGAUGA